AUGUAUACCGGCACCAGGGUGCAGGGCUCCGGAUUCGGAGCCCCCGCCGCCUCCCGCCCGACCCGGGACGCGCCUGACUGGCGCGGGGAGCUGGGCUCACCGCAGGCGCCCAGGCAGGGUUUGGAGGCGGCUCCCGAGAGGCCUUCGCGGGAGAGCACGGAGCACGCGGGCCCGAGGUUCACAGGUGCGUAUACCUUGAUAGCACCAAAUGAAAAACGAAGAAAUGAGAUACAACAGAUGGCUGCGAAAGAGCUGGAGGAGCUGGAAAGGUGGAAGGAACAACAAAGGGUGAAGUCCAUUACCCUACCGCCCAUGACGCUCGGGGGAAGCCAAUCAGAGGCUGAAGUCAGACGGAGACAACAACUUCAACUGAUACAAUCUAAAUACCAGAAGAAGCUAAAAAGAGAAGAAUGUGUAAGAAUCAAGAAGGAAGCUGAAGAAGCUGAAGUCCAAAAAAUGAGGGCAGCUCAGAGAGAGAAGAGCAACAAAUUAGAGGAGAAAAAAAGACUUCAAGAAAACCUCAGAAGAGAAACUUUUAGAGAGCAUCAGCAAUACAAAACUGCUGAGUUCUUGAGAAGAUUUGAGGCAGACUUGCCACACAGAGGGGCCUGUCCCGUUGCUGGUUGUGAUCCACAGUCUUCAGCUUGGGCCAGAAGACAGGCUUAUAUGGAUACUCUAAAGGAAGAACAAAAUCAAAAAUUGCAAAAGAUGAAGGAAGAACAGCACCAGAAGGGUGAAUUACUAGAAUUUAAACGACAGCAACAGGAGGAAGAAAGAACCAAAAGCCACCAAGCUGAACACAGGAGGGUAAAUAAUGCUUUUCUGGACCGACUCCAAGGCAAAAGUCAACCAGGUGGCCUCCAGAAUUUUGGUGGUUAUUGGAAUAUGAAUAGUGGUAACAGCUGGGAUACAUGAGAAAUAUUUGCUUAUGUCUGGCCUUUGUCAACUGACCUUGAAAAACCACACGAGAUGUUUUUCUUUCUUGCAGCUUUGUUCAGCCUC